AUGGCAACCAGAAAUGCUUUGAGAAUUGUGUCUCGUAGGUUCAGUGGAAAAGUUCUUAAUGAAGAGGAAAAAGCUGCUGAGAAUGUUUUCAUCAAGAAAAUGGAGCAGGAGAAGCUCGAGAAGGUAGCACGAAAGGGUCCGGGAGAACAAGCAGGGUCAGCAGGAGGUGAAGCCAAGGUUAGUGGUGGUGCAGCAUCAUCGACCGAGUCAGGCCCGAAAGUGUCAGAAGACAAGCCCAGAAACUAUGCGGUUGUUGCUGGUGUUGUGACCGUCAUUGGUGCGAUCGGUUGGUACAUGAAAUCUGGUGGAAAGAAGAAGCAAGAAGUUCAAGAGUGA